GUUUGCCCCGGAAGUGGCUGUCUUCAGCUGACAGCUGCUUAGAAGGUGGCGGCAGGCCCCAAGCAAGAUGGCGCUGCGGCCAGGGGCUGGAUCUGGCGGCGGCGGGGCAGCUGGAGCUGGUGCGGGGGCCGCCGGGGGAGGCAGCUUCAUGUUUCCGGUUGCAGGUGGAAUAAGAUCUCCUCAAGCAGGCCUGAUGCCUAUGCAGCAACAAGGAUUUCCUGUGGUCUCUGUCAUGCAGCCUAAUAUGCAAGGCAUGAUGGGAAUGAACUAUAGCUCUCAAAUGUCCCAAGGACCUAUUGCUAUGCAGGCAGGAAUACCGAUGGGACCAAUGCCAGCAGCAGGAAUGCCUUACAUGGGACAAGCACCAUUCCUGGGAAUGCGCCCACCAGGCCCGCAAUACACUCCAGACAUGCAGAAACAAUUUGCUGAAGAGCAGCAAAAACGAUUUGAACAGCAGCAAAAACUCUUAGAAGAAGAAAGAAAAAGACGCCAGUUCGAGGAACAGAAGCAAAAGCUCAGACUUCUGAGUAGCGUGAAACCCAAGACAGGAGAGAAGAGUAGAGAUGAUGCUUUGGAAGCCAUAAAAGGAAACUUAGAUGGGUUUUCCAGAGAUGCUAAGAUGCACCCUACUCCAGCUUCACAUCCCAAGAAACCAGGCCCUUCCUUGGAGAAGAAGUUCCUAGUAUCUUGUGACAUAAGUGCACCUGGGCAGGAACAAAUUAAAUUAAAUGCUUCUGAAGUUGGGCACCACCAAGCCCUAGGCCCAGUUUCCAGUAAGAGCCAUCCCAGUUUAACGGCCAGUAAUGGGGGUGCUAUAGAUGGACGUGUAAGUGGUGCCACCACAGCAGAGGCAGAAAAGACUUCAGACCAAACCCUGUCAAUUGGAGAGAGUGGUGUGGGAGUGUUUCCUUCACAGGACACUGUUCAGCCCAGAAUGCCUCCUUGGAUUUACAAUGAGAGUCUGGUUCCAGAUGCCUAUAAGAAAAUUUUAGAAACCACAAUGACUCCAACUGGAAUAGAUACCGCUAAACUUUACCCCAUUCUGAUGUCAUCUGGACUUCCCAGGGAAACUCUUGGACAGAUAUGGGCCUUAGCUAAUCGAACUACACCUGGCAAGCUUACUAAAGAAGAGCUUUAUACCGUUCUGGCCAUGAUAGCAAUAACACAGAGGGGUGUCCCUGCCAUGAGUCCUGACGCUCUAAACCAGUUCCCAGCAGCUCCUAUUCCGACGUUAAGUGGCUUUCCUAUGACUCUUCCCACCCCGGUGAGUCAGCCAGCUGUGAUGCCCUCAGGCCCUGCGGGCUCCAUGCCCCUCAGUCUGGGACAGCCAGUCAUGGGCAUUAACCUUGUUGGACCAGUGGGUGGCGCUGCAGCCCAGGCUUCCAGUGGCUUCUUGCCGACUUACCCUGCAAAUCAGGUGGUAAAACCAGAAGACGACGACUUCCAGGAUUUUCAAGAUGCUUCUAAGUCAGGAUCUCUUGAUGACUCCUUCAGUGAUUUCCAAGAAGUGCCUCCUGCUUCUUCAAAAACAAGUAAUUCCCAGCAUGGAAACAGUGCCCCUUCUUUGUUGAUACCACUUCCUGGAACUAAAACAUCGGCUUCCAUGGAUAAAUAUGCUGUCUUUAAAGGAAUUGCAGCUGACAAGACCUCUGAAAAUACUGUUCCAUUUGGAGAGCCUGGUGAUAAAUAUAGUGCUUUCAGAGAACUUGAACAGACAGCAGAGAGUAAAUCUUUAGGAGAAAGCUUCGCAGAAUUCAGAUGUACAGGAACUGAUGAUGGUUUUACCGAUUUUAAAACAGCCGAUAGCAUAUCACCACUAGAACCUCCAACAAAAGAUAAAACUUUCCUGGCGCCGUUCCCCUCAGGACCUGUACAACAGAAACAACAAACACAAGUGAAAAAUCCUCUGAACUUAGCAGACCUAGAUAUGUUUUCCUCAGUUAAUUGCAGCAGCGAGAAACCAGUAUCUUUUUCAGCUGCAUUUAACGCAUCAAAAUCCGUUUCCACACGACCACCGCCAGCUGAUUCUGCUGCAACUACAACAGGAUUGGCAUCGACCAAAACUUCUAGUUUGGCUGAUGAUUUUGGCGAAUUCAACCUUUUUGGGGGAUAUUCUAGUCCAGCAUCUGUUGGGGAGCAGGAUGACUUUGCAGAUUUUAUGGCUUUCAGUAAUAGUGCAGUUUCAUCUGAGCAAAAGGCAGAUGACAGAUACGCCCUGAAGGAGGAAGCUGGUCCUGUUCCUCUCACCAGCAAUGCAGGCAGCACAGUGAAGAGUGGACAGAACACAGCAGCUGCAUCUACCAAGUAUGAUGUCUUCAAGCAGCUUUCUCUGGAAGGCUCUGGAUCAGGUGUUGAAGAACUCAAAGAGGUCACUCCUUCAGGAAAAAGUGAUGAGGAUUUUGCUGACUUCCACUCCAACAAAUUUUCUUCCAUGAACUCAGACAAAUCCUUUGGAGAAAAAGCAGUGGCCUUCAGACACACCAAAGAAGACUCGGCUUCAGUGAAGUCCUUGGAUCUCCCAUCCAUUGGUGGCAGCAGUGUUGGCAAGGAGGACUCUGAAGAUGCACUCUCUGUUCAGUUUGACAUGAAACUGGCUGAUGUGGGAGGCGAUCUUAAACAUGUCAUGUCUGAUAGCUCUUUGGAUUUGCCAACAGUUAGUGGCCAGCAUCCUCCUGCUGCAGAUAUAGAGGACUUAAAAUAUGCUGCUUUGGGGACCUACAGUAGCAAUUUUGCAGUGAGCGCUCUUACAAGCUAUGACUGGUCAGACAGGGAUGAUGCCUCUCAGGGCAGAAAACUCUCUCCGUUUGUCCUCUCAGCAGGAAGUGGCUCCUCCUCAGCAGCCUCAGUGCUUCAAAAGCAAGAGACUUCGUUCGGCAGUUCUGAAAGCAUCACCAUGACAUCUCUCUCCAAGGUAACCACCUUUGCCGCUGAAGAUGCUCUCCCAGAGACUACCUUUCCAGCGUUUGCCAAUUUUAAAGAUGGAAUUCCUCAAACUAGUGAGCAGAAGGACUGUGAAAGCGGGAACUAUAAAGAUUUCACAAGUCAGGACCUGCCUUCUGCUGAACGGAGCCAGGAGGCCCCAUGUCCAAGCCCAGCUUCUAGUGGCGCUUCUCACGAAACCCCAAAAGAAUGCUCAGAUGACUUUGGAGAGUUUCAAAGUGAAAAGCCCAAAAUCAGCAAGUUUGACUUUUUACUGGCCAAUUCUCAAAGCAAAAUGAAAUCUAGUGAAGAAAUGAUCAAAAGUGAGCUGGCAACCUUUGACCUUUCAGUUCAAGGAUCUCACAAGAGGAGUUUGAGCCUUGGUGAUAAAGAAAUAAGCCGCCCCUCCCCUUCUCCAGCGUUGGAACAGCCUUUCCGGGACCGUUCCAACACUCUGAGUGAGAAGCCGGCUCUGCCUGUCAUCCGUGACAAGUACAAAGAUCUGACAGGAGAGGUGGAGGAGAAUGAGAGAUAUGCAUAUGAAUGGCAGAGAUGCCUGGGGAGUGCCCUAGAUGUCAUAAAGAAGGCAAAUGAUACCUUAAAUGGGAUCAGUAGUAGUUCUGUUUGCACAGAAGUAAUUCAGUCAGCUCAAGGCAUGGAAUAUUUAUUAGGUGUCGUUGAGGUGUACAGGGUGACCAAACGUGUGGAGCUGGGGAUAAAGGCUACUGCGGUGUGCAGUGAGAAACUCCAGCAGCUGCUGAAGGACAUUGAUAAAGUGUGGAAUAACCUGAUCGGCUUCAUGUCACUGGCCACACUCACGCCAGAUGAGAAUUCGCUGGAUUUUUCCUCCUGUAUGCUGCGCCCUGGGAUUAAAAACGCUCAGGAGCUUGCUUGUGGAGUGUGCCUCUUAAACGUGGACUCCAGGAGCCGGAAAGAAGAGAAGCCUGCAGAAGAACAUCCUAAAAAAGCAUUCAACUCAGAAACAGACAAUUUCAAGCUGGCAUAUGGAGGGCACCAGUAUCACGCCAGCUGUGCCAACUUCUGGAUCAACUGUGUUGAACCAAAACCUCCUGGUCUUAUCCUGCCUGAUUUGCUCUGAAAAGCUCCUCUAUGAAGCACCAGCCAGUUGUUUUGUGUUUCCAUCACACCCCAGGGGGUGACAGGGACCAGCUGACAGAAUGCAAGUAUUGCAAAAUUCAUCUCUGUGAAUCUAUAUGAAGAAUUCCCCAAAGAGUAGGGG